ACAGUAGCACAAAAGCAAACCGGCGUAUUUUGACGGUUCCCAAAUAAUUGUUUACCUCAGCACAUUUUCCCUUUAUUCCAGUGAGAGAAAUCAUUUCUAUAGAAGCACGCUGUAAUCGCAAGCUGCAUAGCGAAACACGAUGGAUACUGGAAAUGUGUUGAAGGCACCGAUAAAUAUGAGCGACCUGCUUGACGGUGGAACCGAGUUCCAAAUCGACACCGAUUUUAAUGACCAUGAGGGCGAUGAGUACUUCAUCGAAGACGAUUAUGGCAGCGCGGACGAGGAUGAGGAAAAGUUCAAACAGUUCCUAACUCCCUGGGACCGUACCUUCGAGGAGUUGCGUCAGGAAAUGAAACCGAUUAGCGACCAGAUCUACAAACGCAUUACGAAGGCGGGCGUCGGUGAGGAACUGCCGGACAAUACAGAGGUAACAGUUGACUACAAUGCAUUCUUCGAAAAGGAGAUGAAACCCUUCGAUUCUUCGACGUUGCGUGACAAACCGUUCCGGAUGGUGCUUGGAUCGCACAAUGUGCUGAUUGGGUUUAUGGAAGCUGUAAAGACGAUGCGUGUUAGCGAGGAAGCACAGUUCCUGAUCUCGUACCAGCUGCUGUACGGCGAGGUCGGAUGUCCACCGCGCAUUAAACCGAAGGCAGAUGCGUUGUUUGUGAUCAGAGUGAUCAACGCCAGUCCCGCCGUAGAUGGCGGUGCUUUAGCAAAGCUGACCGAAAACGAACGCCGAUCGUAUGAGAUGGUAAAGGAUAGAGUCUCACAAAUCCGGCAGUACGCUAAGGACUGUUUUAAGCGCAAUUUGAUACAAAAAGCGAUUGUCAAAUAUCUGGAAGCGGUCGAUACGCUGCAGAUGUGUCAGCUGAAGAACGAAGCUGAACAGGAGGAACAACAGAAAACGUUAAUCGUCAUAUACACAAGCCUGGCUGUGUGUUACAAUCAUCGCGACCAGCCUAAAGAUGCCUGUCGGAUGGUGAACGCGUUGCGUAAUCUGUGCGACGUUAGCAAAAACGCGAAAAUCCUGUAUCAAGAGGGAAAAGCGUUGAUGAAAAUUGGAGAUUAUGACCGCUCACGCAAGUGUUUGCUGGGUGCACAGAAAUUGGAACCGCACGAUGAAAACAUUCAACGGACCUUGAAGGAGCUGAACGAAUGUUCUUCAAAGCAUCAGAUUGAGGAGAAGAGAAUUUGGACGCGUGCUUUCGGUUUGGUGACUAGCAAAGAGAAGGAAGAACCUAAAGAAGAUACCACACUCGUAGAGGAUAUAAGGAAGUCGAUGCAAGUGUUUCUGGACGACGAAAAGUGUAGUACGCUCUCACUGCCUGACCAUUUCUCUGCGAAAGAGGUGUUGAUUUUGGAGCGAUUUGCAGACGAAUUCAAUCUGAAGCUGAACAUUCAGAUGCACAAUAAUAAGAAACAUUACAAAUUUCAAAAGUAACGCAUAAUUCGUCGGAUAAUGUGAAGGAACAUCAUUGCCAAUAUGUUUAACUUUUUGUUACUUCAAAUACGAUACUCGUUAUUACAUUCUAACGUUUCAUGUACAAUAACUUUUCACGAAUAUCUUUAAAUGAAAUAUAUAUGAAGAAGAUUUAAUAAAGCGCUGUUAAUGCAAAUGUAAUUAAACCAGAA